UUCAUAUUCGAAAUCAGGCGUUUGGCAUGAAACAAUACUAAAUUUUCAGUUUGCUUUCGGAAAUAUGAAUAAUUUACGUAGCUUAACAAAAUUACCGCAAGCCAAGAGCUGUGCCAAGCUUGCACAGCCAAUCCUUUGGUACUCUAGUGAUUAUCCCGAAAGGAUUAAGUUGUCCGGCGAAUUGCUCAAGGAGAAGUUGCGUCAAAUGCGGCUCGAGACGAAGCUGCGUACGCCCUGCUAUUUAAGGCUGCGACGAUCAGAAUACAAGUGUCUGGCGUAUCAGGAAAUAGAGCCAGAUCCCUGUCACCCGGAGCCUUGCGCCGUACCGAUGGAUGUAAAGGGAUACAAGCCGACGGACAAAUUAAAACUAAAUUAUCAAAGGACUUGGUGCGAAUUCAAGCCGGUGCCGAGACGUAAGCGAAAUGUGCGAAAAAUCUAUCCGGCACUUGAGCGUCGUAAUCCAAAAGCAUUCCGGGGUAAGCUCUGCACCGCCUGUGAGCCUGAAGAUUGUGAACUGCCGAAGAGCCCUCGGGCCCCGCCACCCAGACUUUUUCCGGUAAAAACCUUGCCCUGGCCCUGUUGCAAGUUUCGUAGUGUCACCUGUCGAUCCAGCAAACCGGAUGGCAAAUGCUAUCCUGGUCGCUUGCCCUCCUGCUGCGUGAAGCGCCAGACGCCGUAUCUCAGCUUUUCUGAGUGCAAGAAAUUUGAACUAGCGCCACCAGUCACUGCCUGCGAAUGCGAUCAGAAACCGAGCGUUUGUGAUAUGUGGCACUUUUAUCGGACUAAGCGUUAAUUCUACAUGUCAGAAGGUUAACCACGGAAACGCUUAAGUUAUUAUUCAUAUUAACAGGUCAAACUAUAUAACUACUUAUUUUGGCCAAACAACUUCAAAAUUUUUAAAAUAGAAUUGAUGAAUUGCCAACCGAUAUCAAUUCUGACAAGUAUUUGAUUCCUACCGGGAGUGCAAAUGUAUGAGUAAUCAGCUUCUCGGAUUUGUAAAGAAUAAUAUGCUUCCCUUAAAUUAUAUAAAAACGUAAUUAGGCUUCACCCCCAAAA